GGUGUGUCCGUCCUGCCUGUGUGAUAGGCUGUCCCCAGCACAUAUAAACCGAAUCCCCAGGUUCAGUGCAGCCUCAGGGCACCUGGCCACCAUGUGGAUGCUCAUGCCCAUUGCCUUUGCUGGAAAGCUGCUGAGCGCUUUCAGGAAGCCACUGAGCUCUCUAUGGAGCAGCGUGGUCCCCUGGUUCUUCUGGCUCAGGUCAGCACUCUGGCUGGCAAGGGGCAAGGGCACCCAGCCGCCACUGCAGCGGGGCCCGGGAGACCUGCAGCAGAGCGGACGGGAGGAGGGGGGUGCGGACCAGCCCACCACCCCCACCAGCGUCAACUACCACUUCACCCGCCAGUGUAACUACAAGUGUGGUUUCUGCUUCCACACGGCCAAGACGUCCUUUGUGCUGCCCCUGGCUGAGGCCAAGCGAGGGCUACGGCUGCUGCAGGAAGCUGGGAUGGAGAAGAUAAACUUUUCAGGAGGAGAGCCGUUUAUUCACGACCGGGGCGAGUACCUGGGCAAGCUGGUGCGGUUCUGUAAAGAGGAGCUGCGGCUGCCCAGCGUGAGUAUCGUGAGCAACGGGAGCCUCAUCCGCGAGCGCUGGUUCCAGAACUACGGUGAAUAUCUGGACAUCCUUGCCAUCUCCUGUGACAGCUUUGAUGAGCAAGUCAAUGUCCUCAUCGGCCGAGGUCAAGGAAAGAAGAACCAUGUGGAAAAUCUUCAGAAACUCAGGGCGUGGUGUCGAGAAUAUAGAGUGGCCUUCAAGAUAAAUUCUGUCAUUAAUCGAUUCAAUGUGGACGAGGAUAUGAGGGAACAGAUUAAAGCCCUGAACCCUGUCCGCUGGAAAGUCUUCCAGUGCCUCCUGAUUGAGGGGGAGAAUUCUGGAGACGACGCUCUGCGGGAAGCACAACAAUUCGUCAUCAGCGAUGAAGAAUUUGAAGGGUUCUUAGACCUCCACAGAGAGGUGUCCUGUUUGGUGCCCGAGUCUAACCAGAAGAUGAAAGAUUCCUACUUGAUUCUGGAUGAGUAUAUGCGCUUCCUGAAUUGCCAGAAUGGGCGGAAGGACCCUUCCAAGUCGAUCCUGGAUGUUGGAGUAGAAGCCGCUAUAAAAUUCAGUGGAUUUGAUGAAAAGAUGUUUCUGAAGCGAGGAGGGAAAUAUGUAUGGAGCAAGGCAGAUCUGAAGCUGGACUGGUAGAGCUGAAAAUGGAGCCUUCAACCCACCUGUGGGGACUCUUGCUCAGGCUCAAGGUGUGGCAGCUUCCUUCAGCGGCGCGUCCCGUUGGCGUUUUGCAAUGGCCCAGAUCUGAUUUUCUGUUCCACAAGCUAUCCGAUUAUCUGUGGUAACUGAACGCACAAAUCACUUGGGUAAUUGAAAUCCACAGAUAAUGCAAAACCAUUAACUUUAGUUAAUUUGCUUAUUUAGGAUUUAAUUUUUUUGAGCAGUGUUUUCUGACUCCUGUGUUCCCCCAUUUUGAUGUUAUUUUUCCAGUCCUUUUAUUUGAUAGAGUUGGGGUUUUUUUCUGCUAAAUAUUGAGAUGCCAAUUUCCACACCUAGAGCAAUUACAAAAUCUCUCCCCUAAUUACUCGGCUUGCUCCAGUGCUCUUCCCUGUCUGUCUUUCUACCACUGAAGUCUUGGACUCUUGACCCAGGAGUCUGGAAAUAGUCAGCAGGUGUCUCCAAGAGUAGGAAAUGAUCAUCUCAUCAGUUUUCAGUAAGUACCUAGAAGGAGAUCAUUCGUCUGCCCGUGCUCUGCACGACCCCUGGCCCUUGCUGACUAUUCCAUGAACAUAGGCUGCUUUCCUUUCUCUUCCAAGUGUCUCAGCAAAAUGAACAAACCCUUUACAUUUCAUGACAGAGUUGACACAGGGUCCGUGUUUGGGUUGCUCUAUGAGCCUGUUACUCCCACCACCUGAGUCUGCCUAGCAACAACACCUGAGUUCAUUUGAACAGACAGUUGUCCCCGCAUCUCUGAGAAGUGACACCUUAUGGCUCAGAUGGUUAAGCCUUGGGCUCAGGUCGUGCUCUCCAGUUUCUGGGAUGGAGCCCUGCAUCUGGCUCCCUCCUCAGCAGGGAGUUUGCUUCUCCCCCUGCCUGUGUUCUCUCUGUCUCUCUGUCUCUCUCUGUCUCUCUCUCUCAAGUGAAUUAAAAAAAAAAUCUUAAAAAAAAAAGAAACGACACCUUACACCUUACAGAUCAGCCAGAUAAGUUAGGAAAAAGCACUGGGCUGGUAUGUGGGAAAGUGUGUGGAAGCGUCUAGAAUGUACCUGGAUUUUGCGUAAAUGAAGCCAUCGCACAAUAUAAUGUAUCUCAACUAACUCUGAAUCACUUGCAAUAAGGAUAUAAUCUGGGUCAAUAGGAGAAGAUCCUGUGCCUUCCUUUUCUAGCUUCUUUGGGAAAAUAUCACCUAAACUGGGUGUCAGGGAACAAAGUCCCCUCCUUGUGGAAAUAUCACAUGCAGUUUGUUUAUGUAAUUUAGACAGUAUCUCAUUGCGUGGAGAACAAUAAUUUCCUAUCAUUGUUUCAGAAAAGCAAAAUCAUGGAAAAUUUUUUUGCCCAAGCAUAAAAAAAAUUUUAAUCCAGCUGCCAUGCCAGUGUUGGUCACCAGGUGGCAUUAAAUGUUGCUUGAGUCCAUUAAGCAGCCACACAGAAAUUCCAUUUAAUCCAGUUUCCAGACUUAGUGGUUUUGAAAGUUUGGUUUUUGUAAUUUUUUUUUCCUCAGGAAAGAUAUUUCUGCUUCAGAUUUUAAGUCACUAUAAUUCAACUAAAAUAUUUUUGUGUCCCAUCUCAAACAGGGUAACAUAAAUGGGUAAAAUAAAUAUAUAUGCAAAAUUUAAAAAUCAAUUAAUUAAUUUAAAAAACAGGGUGGGUCGUCAUGCAUCUUCCAUUUUAUUUUGUCUUAUAUUUUAAGAGAAAAAAUGAAUUAGAAAACUUUUUUCCUGUGUGCGUUUUGACCAUAGUUAAGCUAGGAUGACUUUAAUAUAAUCAGUAUAAACAUAAAAGGUUUGUUUUUUUUUAAUGUAACGUGAGCACACUUUGCUGAUCUCCACAUUAUUCACCAAGAGCAAGUUCAGCAAAGAAAGAUCGUGGAUGUGGAGGCACUGACGACGUUGUCCAGGGCGCAAUCAUAAUUAUUUGGCACAACAUCUAGAUGGGAAGCCCACAUCCUCUGAGUUGGAAUGAAUUUCUCUCAAAUUCACUCAAAUUCAAAAUGCCAGGAAUUGUAUAACUCUUUCCCCAAAGGGAAUUCUAAAGCAUAACAAAACAAAACAACUGCACCUGAAAAAUAUGCAUUUUAAAUAUUUUUCCAACUGCGCUCCCUGCCCUGUCAGGAUUUGCAAUGUUUAAAAUAUCUAAAUGUUUCUCUUUCUUAAGGGGAAGAAAUAAGGACAUAUAGCAUUAGAGUAAAAUUCAAAUUUGGAUUACAUAACAUUUUGCUUUAGUUUUUCAGUUUUAAAUAGGAAUUUUCAUUUUUGUGAGACAUUCUUUUUUAUUGAAAAGACAAUCUGAGGGCACUCAUCACGGUGCACACUGAGCAGUGGACGGAGUGGUGGGUCACUCAGUUGUACACCUGAAACUAAGACAACACUUUUUGUUACCUGGAAUUAAAAAAAAUAAUAAUGAAUGAAAAAGAAAGGAAAAUAUCAAAUGGUAAUUUAUCUGAGGUGUCUCAAUAUAAGUGUUAAGGGCAAAGGUUUUGCGGUGCUUUGAAGUAUUGCUAAUGUUUACAUUGUGAAUAGAAUAGAAUAGAAUAUGAAUAGAAUUUUGCCUUAAGAAACCUAGGAAGAUCAGACAUUAGUAAUAGCAUAUUGGUUUAAAAAGCAUGCAUCAUCCCUGUCAUUUAGUGAUAAAGGACAUGAAAGUUGCCUAUUUUAAGUUUGAAGAUGGCUGAGAUCACCCAGUUGAGUCAUCUGGAAUGUGGUCCUGCUCCAUCUCCAGGCCUUUGGAGUCUAGUUGUAGGGUUGGUAGGGAGAGCCAUGAUGCUAAAAGCAGCAAACAAAUUCUCAGUGAGGCUCGAUCAGGCAAUAAUUCAUCUUGUUGGCUGUCCUCUUGUUCAAAGACUGUUAAAUCAGCUCUUAUUAGGGGGAGCCUGACCAUGCUGUAAGAUUUUAAGGCUUUGUCUUGAGUGUAUAUAGGUUUCAAUUUGGGGGGAAAAUAUAUUUUCUUGAGUAUCAGUCUGAUGUAUUGUAAGAUGUUGUAAUAUAUUAAAAUAUAUUUUGUACAGUG